AUGUUAAGGGAACUCCAGAAACAAAGAAUAAAAGCAUUCCUGACUGCACCGAACAAUCCCUGGAGGGUCUUGGUUCUCAGCGAGCGUGCUCAGCAGAUUAUUGCGCCUCUCAUGAAGGUUAAUGAGCUUAGGGAAUGCGGGAUAACAGCACACUUUCUUGUGACCCAGGGCCGUCACCCCAUCAGCAACACACCAGCAGUGUAUUUUGUUGAAAGCACAGACGGUAUUAUCGAUGAUGUUCUCAAGGAGCUGUAUUCGGAAUACUAUCUUAACUUCACAACAUCUGUCAAGCGGAGAGAAAUAGAGGAGAUGGGGCUCAGAUUAUCCGAGAGGGGCCUUGGUCUUCGAGUUAGAUCCGUUUUUGACCAGUUUGUAGACUUCAUUGCCUUACAAGACGACAUGUUUACUCUUGGGAUGAAGGAUAGCUUUGCAGGGAUGGAGAAUCCCGACAUAUGGAGGGAAACGGUGAUGUCGAUUAUGAGUGUAUUUGUGACCAUUGGAGAGAUUCCAUUUAUAGUGACCAUUGAUGAUGAAGAAUCUAUGCAGAUAGCAAGGAUGCUUGAAGCAAAGAUAAAAAAUACAGGAGUCAUCAAGAAGACAAGCAAAAGGCCUCUUCUGAUACUUGUGAAUAGAAACUAUGAUGUGAGCACACCUGUGCAGCAUGUUUGGAGUUAUAGUGCAUUGAUGAACGAUCUUUUCAAGCUAGAGUCCAAUAAGAUAACACUGAAAAGCGGGAAGGUGUUUGACCUGGAUCCCCAGGACGAACUCUGGAAGGGGAAUAGCAACGAGUACUUUCCUGUUGUGGUUGAAAAGGUUGAAAAGGAGCUUCUUGAGUACAGAAAGGAGAUGGCCCUCAGAAGUAUUGAUGAGAAGACAGAUAAGAAGGUGAUCCAAGAGGCUCUUGACAAAGCUCCCGAGCUGGCCAAGAGAAAUGAGUCUGUGAAUGCUCACAUAUCGAUAUGCUCUGAGAUGGUUGAGGUAAUAAAAGAAAGAGCCAUCGAUGACUUCUACAAGGUCGAGAAGGGAGGAUGUACAAGCCAAGAGCUGAUGGAACUGUCCGAGAAGGGGGAUGAUGAGGAUAUAUUAAGACUGGCCAUUCUUCUUCUCAAUACCAAAGACUUUGAUCUGAUUGAUCCACUUCUUCAGAAGAGGAAAAUAAAAUCAAAGGUGAUUGAGUUCUUCAGAAAGCAUAGAAACACUCAUUCAGAAAAGUCAGGAACAUUCUACUCCCAGGUGGUCACGAGCCUUAUGGGAAAUGUCAAGAAACUAUUGCCUGUGAAGGAGAAGACCCCUGUAUCAUCCCUGGUGGAGUCCAUUUACGGGGAUAUUAAGUCUAGAAUAUACUCGAACUUCAAAGUGUUCGAUCCAAUGGGGUCUGAAGACAUAUAUGCAAACGAAAUUUCAAGGAUUGUUGUAUUUGGUAUAGGAGGGGGUACAUACACAGAAUUGAAGACCUUGAAGCUUCUUGAGGAGAGAAUGGAUGUUCCAGUCAUAUAUGGGUCAACAGAGAUCCUGAAUGCAAGGGAGUUUCUUAGGCAAGUUGAGACCAAAAUAAAUCUAGGCUAA